CCCCCUUUUGCACUUUUCUCCGUGAUUAUGUUAUGUUUAUGUUCAAGAAGCUUCAUUAUCUCAAAUAUUUUAUUCCUUAAAAAAUCAACAAUAUGUCAUCAAUGGAAACCUCAGUUUGUAUAUUCUUGUGGGUUCUUAGUUGUCAGUGAGUCAGGUGACUACGAUUGGCUCGAUUAUAUUAAUCUGAUAAAUUUUUCUUAUUAUUAUUAGCCUUUUCGAUUCCAGCUUUGCUUCGCUUUAAAGCUUUGUUCAUAAAAAAGGAAAAUAAACUCAUAAUCCGUGAUUCGAGCGAUUUCUCAUCGAUUUUUUUCCUUCUUCUAUUUGUCUUAUUUGUCUCACAAAUUCAUCACCAUAUUCGAUAGAACAAUAUCAGAAAUUAAAUUAAAGGGUUUCUGAUUGGAGAAGAAGGUGAAACUGAAUCGAUUCGUCUCUCUCUGUAUCGGAUGAAUUAUCCUUUGAGUUACAAGAAUCUGAGACUCGUUUCAAAAUCCAUCGCUUUCAAAUGUCUUGUACUCGUUGGUAUUGCUCUGUUCUACAAAGCUCUGUUUCUCUCUUCCUCUCCCAGAAACGUUCUCUUGACUCGAGCUCGUCACACCUCAGAUUCCUCCUCAACCGAUGGAGUCAGGACAGAUAAGUUUCUCGAGGUUCCUCAGAUCGUAUGGGGACUGAACAAUCAGAAGAUAGCUUUCGCCAGAGCUUGCUUGACUGCGAGAACCAUGAACAGAACGCUUCUCAUGCCUAGCUUGAGCGCUUCCUUGUUCUACAAGGAAGUAGACAAGCUUCUUCCGAUUCCGUUUGAUAAAGUGUUUCAGUUCGAAAGGUUCAACUCUCUGUGCAGUGGGUUUGUGAGGCUAGCUCGGUUCUCUGACGUUAGAAACAGAACACAAGUGUUUGAGUUAGAGAAAGGUAGUGGAAGAAGAUGGACAGUGGAGAGAGACUUGGAACAGUUGAAACAAUCUGUAUCUAGGGAUGAGUUUGAAGUGAUCCGUGUCAAAGGGAAGAACCCCUUCUUGUGGCAUGAUCAUUGGGCUGUUAAGGAUUAUGCUAAGGUCUUUGAGUGUAUGGUUGUGGUUGAUGAGAUCUCAAGAGAAGCAGACAAAGUUGUGAUGAAAAUCAGAGAAGCAGGGGAGAAUGCAGCAAGAGGACAGGGUCCUGUUCCUUUUGUUGCGGUUCAUAUGAGGAUAGAGAUAGAUUGGAUGAUACAUUGUAAGAAGCUAGAGCAGAGGCAAAAAGUUUCAGAGAUUUGUAGUAGUAAAAGGGAGAUUAUGGAGAGAGUAGGGAACAUUUCAGGUUUAAAGACUCCCACAGUUCUUUACCUAGCAGUAGCUGAUAGCCUCUUAGAAGAGAAAGAAGAAGAAUCAUCGGUUUUAAAGGGUUGGAGGGAAGGGUUGAUACCUUUUGAGAAGAAGAAGCUUGGGGUUAAAGAAGAGGUUUAUGGAAAGUAUUCGUAUUUGAUUCAGUCUGCUAUAGAUUACGAGGUGUGUCUAAGAGCGGAUGUGUUUGUUGGUAAUAGCUUUUCGACUUUCUCUAGUCUUAUUGUUCUUGAGAGGACGCAGAAGGCGAGAAGGUUAGGGUUUGUGAGUUCUUGUGAAGAUGGUGGAAACGUGUGGAGUUCGUAUGCAUAUAACCUGGCUGGAGAAUCAGAGGGAGUUCCAAGGAGAUGGAUGACGAAUAUGACUCAUUCUAGCUUGCAAGCUAUUAGCUAUGGCUCAAACUCUGUUUCUUGUUCAAGUGAGUGAAGUUGAUAUGGAAUUAGUUUUUGGUCUCUUAUACAAUUCGUUUAUUUGUUGAGGUACAAAGCUGUGUAGAUUUUAGAUCUUUUGUUCUUCAGAUUUGUCUUCUACUAGUAACUACUGUGUGAAAAAAGAGUAAGAACUCAAAUCUUUUUUUUU